AUGGCGGACGUGCGAUCGCUCCUCCGGAAUGAACUAGCUUCGCGCAAGGGCGCGUCACAACCCAAUACCACCGGCAACCGCGUCAGCAAAAAGCGCAAGGUCGACAACGGCGACGGGGUGAUGAGGAAGAAACUGCGAUCAACGGACCUUGAGGCUGUUCAGGCCGCGGCGAAUGCCCAAGUUUCCCAGGUGCACGACGCGGAGGACACAGCUGAUGAUGAGGUCUUGGAAGCUGUCGAAGAAGACGAAGUUGCCGGUCCCGAGCUUCCUGCCGAAGAAGCACAGGAAGUUACUACAGCGACACAAGCAUCGGAGUCUACAUAUAUACCCGCUGCGCGCCAGGAAACAUCACUGGCCGUGGAUGAGGACGAAUGGGCCGCAUUCGAACGCGAAGUCGCCGCUCCAACCAGAACGCCACAUGCUCCGGCUGCAAUCUCAGCAGAAGCCACAAUAUCUGCCGCUCCCGUAACGGCCGAAGAAUUGGCUGCACAGCAAGAAAGAGACAGGGCAUCAGCGGCAAAAUCUCGCGAGGCUGAGUUGGAGGGCGAACGAGAAGACGCUGCACGUUUUAUGGAGGAAGAGUUCGACGAGAUGGAUCAGCUUGAGGAGCGAGUACGGAGACUGAAGCAUAUGCGAGAGGAAUUACGGCAAAAGCGCGCUGAAGACCAAGCCCGGGAUAUCCCCAUGGUUGAGGAACAACGGGCACCGGAGAGUGAGAGUGAGGACGAAGAAGAUGACGACUGGGAUGAUUGGCGAUUUAAAUGA